AUGGACCGUUGGCAGAGAGAUGCUAUGGCCGCUCUUGAAGCAGUCAUUCAGUUGGCCAGAGGGCCUGCUGCACCGGCCUCUCAAUCGGAUCAGCCACCAAGUGUACCACCACAACGGGCCCCAAAUCCGAGUCCUCCAAUCCAGCCAGCAAGCCCACAAAGGCGGGAGCAGCCACCUGUUGCUCAGGAUGAUGUGCCAAUUCGGGAUCCUAAGCAACAACCAACUUCUCAGGCUAGUCGUGGCAAUCCCCAGCGCCAGAGGCAGAAUAGGGUCGGGCAGUCGCCCUGUAGCCCUAGACACCCAGAGGACGAUGAGCAAAAUCCACCGAGUAGGGGGCAACGUCCUUCUGCCAACAAAAGGCAUAACAAGUCAGGCUCUACGGUCAAGGGCCCCCCACGGCAUAAUAAUUCACAGGGACCCACCGUCCAGCGCAGGCCUCCCACUGACGCUUGA